GAUGCAACGACGACAUGCUGCUGCAGAACGUCAACUUGGAGCGAUUUCCGAGUGCCCUUCUCACUUAACUCGAUUUGCUUUGAUUGAAUUUGGAAAUGUCACGCGACGCUUCAACAUGAACAUGGAUCCAGUGUAAAGCCUGGGAAAAGACAGUCCAAACCGGAGGACUUCUGCAUAGAGGCUUUGGCGCAGCUGCACAGAAUGAACCCGUGUCGCAACAUGACGAGGAUUGUGGAUUCCAGUCAUUCGUUUUCUCUUUAAACUGUGCGUAUUUGGGACCGACAUCAACUGUAACGUUUCAAAAUGAUGUCACUGAUCGAUCUGGACGAUGACCAGCGCUGGGUACCAACCCAUGUGAAUGUCACCAUACUCCGCGCCAGAGGACUGCGCACCAAGAGCAAGCAUGGCAGCCGCUACCUGUACACUAUUAUUCAGGUGGGCAAGGAGAAAUACACCACGGGGCUGGUGGACAAGGCCGAGGUGCCGCAGUGGCACGAGGAAUGCUGCUUCGAGCUGCUGCCGGGCAUCCUGGAGGACGGAGGGCGCAGCUCGUACCCUGCGGGGAGCGGGGACCUGGUGCUCACCGUAAUGCACCGCGUGCUCAUCGGACUGGACGUGUUUUUGGGCCAGACCAUCAUCCCCCUGGCUAAGAUCUUUCAGGAGGGGACCUGUCCCAGAGAUAGGUGGUUCAAGCUACACUCCAAGGUGGGUCGCAAGGAGAAGGAGCGCGGAGAGCUGCAGGUAACCGUCCAGUUUACCCGCAACAACAUGACGGCCAGUAUGUUCGACUUGACCAUGAAGGACAAGCCGCGCUCCGCUUUCGGCAAACUCAAAGACCGUGUGACCGGGCGGAGGAGAGGAGACCUGGAGUCUUCUUCAGCCAUCGUCCCAGGUCGUUAUGCCGCUCUGUCCGCAUCCACGGGACAGCCCUUCGGAGAGGACAUGGUGGGAGGGUUGGCACGGGAGGUGGAGGUGACGGAGGAGAAGAGGAACAAGAUGAAGGAUUUCUUUAAAGGCAAGCUGCGGAAGUCGUCGGAUACCAGGUCGUGCUCUUCUCUGGCCUCAGAUAGCAGCAUAUCUUCCAUGGCCAGUGAUAACCCUCCUCCCAGUCUGGACCUGCUUUCAGAUCCCCCCAGCUCUCCCAUCUACACCAGCAAAGUUAGAGUGGACCCGCUCUAUGGAGAGGCAGACUUGGCAAAAAAAGUGCUCACCAGCCAGCACACCACAAAGGUCCUCACCCACAAGCGUGCUCUGAGCGAUGAGGCCAGUAAGAUCACUACAGCAGCAAUCCCUCGCUCUGUGGAGUCUCUCAAAGGCCAGACCAUGACCCAGUCCAAGUCCUCUCUGUGCAUUAACGGAAGCCAUGUGUACGACUCCGAGCCCUCCAUUCCCAAGAUGUCUGGCGCUCUCCCGUCUAAACUGGUACUUCUGGAGAAAUGCGCACCUCUGUCUCGCUCCCUGCAGAAUCUCACCAAAAAAAGCGACGAGAAAAGUUUAUUUUCAGAUGGCCGACGAUGGUCUUUUGACAAAACCAAGAAGGACGAGAAGGAGGAAGAUAAGGAAGGACAGUCAUCGCCUCCAUCUCAGAAGUCUUCGGUCUCUUCUGCCACAGCGUCUCCAGAGAAAGGUCGGAAGUUCCGGAAGACGCUAUUCUCUGUGGGGCGGAGCGACUCGCUGCCCGCCAAAUCCGACUCCCCCCAGGCCACGCCCACCAACGAGGGACGCCUUCGAGGUUGGUUCAGCUCCAGCGACUCCCAGAACAAGCCAAGGCUGGAAGUUUCUCCUAAGGUAGAAAGCAGCUCAGACGUGCCCCCUCCCCUUCCUACCCGCUCCCCCGUGCCCCCUUUGCCUCCCGUGUCCCCGUUAGAAGGAACUCACGUUAACCCCUUCACCACUCCUCCCUCCUCCUCUCCCUCCACCACUCCACUCUCUCCAUCCAAUCCCUUCUUCCCGCACCUGCAGCGAAACCCAUUUUUUGAAGAUCUAAUCGACACCCAAAGUCCCCCAUUCACGCCCUCCUCACUGGCUGACACCUCCCCUUUUCAUUAUACCACUCUACCAUCUCAGGCCUACGCAUCCAGUUCCUAUAAUGAAAAUGCAAUCAUAGCGUCCAUAAAGCGUGACCGCCCCAAGCCAGUACCUAGGCAGACAUCGCUUCCCGCUUUGCUCCCUAAAGCGUCCAACCCCUCUGGCCCUCGCUCCAUGUCAGAGAGUGCAGAAGGAUGGGAGGAAUCAUUCGAUGUUUUUGCCUCGAGCAGACUCAGUUCUCCUAAAAGCCAUUCUCAAAGUCGAACAGCAUCUAUCCAUAAAUCGGAAACUGCAAAAACAAUCCACAAGGAGGACAUCCAAUCCAUUGAACCUCCACCUUUGCCUCCAAGAAAACUACUUAAAACGGCAGUCAAUGAGAUCUACUCUGAUGGCUGGUUGCAUCGCGGUCAAGAGCUAGCCGUGCACAAAGAAGCCUACUUGCUAUCGCAGACUGGUGUGGCUUGUCUUCAACGUGGAAGGGAGGUAGAAAUCAAACACAAUGCGCCCAGUGUCUCCAAGGAGAUCCAACCACCUUGCAACAAGACUUCGAAUAUCCAACCCAGAACUGAAGAGAAGUUAAAGUAUGCCCCAUUACAAGAUGAUUCCGACUGCUGGGGUGGAAUGCUGUUCGAAGAGGACCUGUUCGGGCGUUUGUGCACAAGGAAUUAUUUCCCAUCUGCGUCAAAUAACCAUCUGUCUCUCAGAAGUGAGAUAUUAGCAGCGGAGAAGACGGUUUCAAAGCCGAACGGAUCUACAAAGCUUCUUGGUGGUGAAUUACCAGAUGCCGACCUUUUGGAAAUGCCGCCUUUCGUUCCAAAACUUGAUGUACCUUUAAUAGACUGCACUCCUCCAUCAACUGAGGAAACUCUAGAAUUCCCACCAAGUCCUAUUGAAACAUGCCUGAACAAUAACAUUUCAUUUUCUUUAACUUUAGGCGAUUUAAACAUGAAUAACUGUGAUUUUGGUUUCAUUGAUUCUGAUGCGUCUACACACUCUGAUGUUGUUGACUGCUACAAAGGCCAAAACGGUCUAGGUAGAACUUUACAAGCAACUAUUCCAGAACCUCCACAGACCAAUCCAGAGGAUGUGUUUCAUUUGAAGGACACAUACAUACCUGAGAUGAACUCCUCUUUUGAGAUAUCAACGAAUACACUGUCCAAUAUCUCUUCGAUAGGUCCAGACACUUGCCAGGACUGCCUGUGUGAUUUCCAGAAUGUAGAACCUAAUGCAAAUGUCAAAGAUACAGUGACCGAUACUGUUGAAUGCAAAGUAGACACAACAAACAAUGACCUAAAAACAACACAAGCAGCUACGGAUGAUAAUGGAAACCUACAAGGAAAGGUAGUUAGUGCACGCUUAAGACCCAAAGGAUUCUCCAAUGCAAAUAGUAGAAGCUGUAGUCCAAUCAGCCAAAUCAAACAUGGAGAAGGGGAGUUUGAGCAGUUUUUGUCCCUCGUUCAAAAUAUCUCCCAAGAAGGACCGCUAUCAUACCAACCCCGUAGAUCAGCCUUAUGUAGUAUGAAAGCUUUAGAUGAAAAGAUUGAUAGGCUAGUGGAUAACAUCAAGAAAAGUGGGCAGAAAUUAACAGCAGAAGCACCUCCAGAAAACAGUCUUUCAAAAAAAGAUUCACUGAUGAGUUUUGAGGAUUUCCAUGCUAAAGUCACCCCCACAUCGAGAACACCUUCAAGGAUUUUGUCCGAGUCGUCUCCUCCCAUUCCCUCUGCACUUUCGCUGACAGCUGAGCACCAAGCUAAGCUUUGUCCCCCCUCUAUCCAUGGUCCCUGCUUUGACACUUCAGUCAUGGGGCCCACACCUAUGGGCCCCACCACCUUCACCUCCUGCACCCCUGAGCGGCCCCUGGUUGAUGCACACCAAUCACUUUUGCCUGAGGAGACACAGCCAGCUAGCAGCCUGCCCCAUCCACAGAGCAGAACUCACCCAGUGAAGCCAUUAACCUCCAGCCAAUCAGAGAAGAAGGAGGGUCGGUCAGUUCUGGAGAUGCUCAAAUCCACAAUCAGCCCAGGGAGGGCGCCCCAACAGGCCUCAGCUGAACUUGAGAAAGCUCCGGUGAUGGUGGACGUGUCCCAGUACCAGGACAUGACCAACAUGGAGCUGAUCUCUCUACUGCUGCAGCAGGAGAUGGACAUGCAGAAGCAGCAAGCAGCCUCAGAGCGACAGGCCUCUCAGCUCGAGAAGUGUGAAGCCGAACUGCGAAAGGUCAAAGCACAGGUCCGCGAUCUGGAGGACUACAUUGAUAAUCUGCUGCUGAGGAUCAUGGAGCAAACACCUACUCUGCUUCAAGUGCGCACCAGGCAUAAGUGAAAAUGCAAAUGUGCUUUCUUAAAGAUGCACUGUGUAACUUUUCUGGUGGUCUACUGCCUAUGAGGGCUGAAUUUUUUUGACAAACGUUGUGACUGUGAUAAGAUGUUUUGUUUUGUAUGUUUUAAUAAUAGAAUUUUGUUCAAAAUUCACAUUUCAAACACAUCCAGAAUUAACUGACAAACUAAUACAGGAAUCACAUUUCAGAACAUGUUUAUAGAGAUCUAAACAACAAGGUUAUCAGUUUACUUGUCUUUGUGAUUUGCUAAUCGUGUCCAUUCAAAUUUCUGAAGAGUAACCUUGCAGCUCCGCUAACUAUUUUGAAUUUAUUAUUGCAUUUAGUAUUUGUCUUUUAAGAUAUUGUUGAGCAAAACACUUGCAAUUGAAUAAGUGUAAGAUAAAUGAGACAUUUAAUGCCACACUCAGAAAUAACAUCUCCAUGGAGAUUCCCUACUGAAAAAGUUACAUAGUGCAUCUUUUAAGUAGCACAGGCAAGGUCAAAGGUAUUGGAAACUGGUGUUGCAGAAAAUAAAUGCAGCACGAACAUGAUUUCACAAUUCUCAAGGUUUCCUCACUACAAAUACUGCCUUUGUAAAUUGGACACUAUACAGUACACAGAUACAGAAAAUAUGCAUGUUGGUCACUUACAGCUAACUGCUAAUUUGACAAAAAAAGGAAUAACCUACUUCAAUGCAAGCAGAUGCAUCCAUUAUAUCUAAGCUUAGUAGAAUCAGUUCAUCAUUAGCUGUUUACAACCUGCUGCUAUGCAUAAAGUAAAAGACCAGUAUACAUAUUUUUCUGUAAUUCUUCUGUUGAUGUUUGGGUUGGUUGUCUGGUGGUGUUGGACUUGAGCAGUUCCUUAAAAUUUAAAUGGUGUGUUUAUGUUUGUGCAGUGAAAAAGGCAGGGUAUCUCAUCGUACUCGAUUAACUGAGAUUAAUGGGAAGCCAAAGUAUUUUAGUAUUAUUUGCACUUUGAAUUUAAGAUUUUUAUUCCUUCAAAUGUUCUAUAAAUAUAAAAAUAUAAAUAAAAUGUUGUUAAGUUCAUUUUAUAGUUAUGCAAAUAAUGUAGCAACAUAAGACUCCACUGUAGCAAAUCAUUUCCAUGUCUCUGUUUUUCAGUUUUGUCACAUAUUUUCUCAGUUCCACAGCUCGAAUUGCAAGGCUUGCCCUGACCGCAGUACUGUAAUAAAUAAAGUGCACAAGAAUAACCUUGAUCCCUCAUAAUUACAAACCACA